UUCAGUGCCCUCUAAUAACUUGGAUGCUCUAGCGGAAAGUAGUACCCAACUGGGAGUCUAACGCGAUAGACACGCAAUGCGAAUCUAACGGUGUGUUUGUUGUUUUGACAAUCGGAAAUAAAUAUAUAUCGCGUUUAUAAUUAACGAACUUUCGCAAAAUGCUCGGAAAACAUUUAACAUGUGUCGCCCUGGGCGUCACACUGCUACUAAUGCUGAGUCAUUAUCCCACCAGCAGUGAGGGAUCUCGCAUAUUGGCCAUCUUUGCAUUUCCCGGCAAAAGUCACUAUGGAAUGCAUUCUGCCUUGAUUAAGGAGCUAGUCGAUCGGGGCCACCACGUGACCAUGGUGGCAGCCUAUACUUUGAAACAUCUCAAUUUGGGACAAAAUUAUACCGAGAUUUUAAUAGAGCCGGUCUAUGACUUCUGGAGUGAUGUCAAAGCCUACUUCAAAGCCGAAACCGUUUUCGAUCUCAGCACAAUUGGUGUUUUGGAAAAUCAUUUUAUGUUGGAGGUUAUUGGUUUCACCACCACAGAGCAUGCGUUGAAGCAGCCUAAAAUCCAGGAGCUCAUCAAUCAUCCCAGCCCCCAGGGACAAUAUGAUUUGCUGUUGUGCGAGCAGUUCUAUCAGGAACCAUUUUUGGCAUUGGCCCACAUCUACAAUAUACCGGUGGUGACAAGCGGAACUUUGGGUUUUGAAAAUCACAUGAGUCAAAUGAUGGGUCUACUGUCGCCCUGGUCUUUUGUGCCUCAUGGUUUUACGGAUUACAGUGAUCACAUGACGUUCAAGGAACGUCUCUUGAAUUCGUAUUAUUCUCUGGCUGAAGAUUUCCUGCGAGAGUAUCAUUAUUUCCCCGAAAUGGACAAAAUGGUGCAGAAAUAUUUUGGCCAUUUGAAUGUGACAAUUCCUCCAAUAUCUCAAAUGGAAAAGAAUAUUUCAGUGAUGUUGCUGAACAGUCACCUGCCACUGAUCACGGCAAGGCCACUGGUGCCCGGCAUUGUAUUCGUUGGCGGCAUGCACAUCUAUCCACCGAAAAAGUUGCCCCAGGAUAUACAAGACUUUAUGGAUGGGGCUGAGGAUGGUGUGAUUUUCUUUAGCUUGGGCAGCAAUGUUCAGUCCAAAGAUAUGCCCGACGAUAAGCUGCACAUUUUCCUCGAUGUCUUUGCCUCGAUGAAGCAGCGUAUCAUCUGGAAAUUUGAAAAUGAAAGCAUUCCCAAUUUACCGGAAAAUAUUCUCAUCAAGAAGUGGCUACCACAAUCGGAUAUUUUGGCCCAUCCUCGCACCAAAGUCUUCAUCACUCAUGGUGGUCUCUUUGGCACCCAGGAGGGUGUUCAUCACGGCGUACCCAUGUUAGGUAUUCCCUUCUACUGUGAUCAACAAUUGAAUCUGAGAAAGUCGGAGAGAAACGGCUAUGCCAUUAGUUUAGAUUUUCUAACCAUAACCCAUGAUUUGCUACGCAGUUCUUUGGAAAAAUUACUCUACGAUCCCAAAUAUAGGGAAAAUAUUCAGAGAUAUUCCCGCAUCUUCCGUGAUCGUCCUGUGGGUUCUCGGGAAACGGCUGCCUAUUGGAUUGAGUAUGUCAUACGCCAUGGUGGAGCACCUCAAUUGCGUUCUGCCGGCCUGGAUUUGGAAUGGUAUCAAUUCUAUUUGUUGGAUGUUAUAGCAUUUGUUGUUGUCGUCGCUGUAGUUGUAAUUCUAGUCUUAGGCUAUAUUUUCAAGAGGCUACUCUGCGGUGUUGCUGGUGGUAGUAGUAGUAAGAAACUUAAAGUAAAUUAAUUGUAGUCUGUGUUUUGUAAAGUAUAUAUAGAAAUAAAAUGUUGAUCGAAUUUACUUAAAUAAAUUGAAGGUUUGCUACUUUUUUUUGCUGUGGAAUAAUUUUAA